CCCCCCCCAUUCCCGGUUUUUUCCCCCCGCCAUGGAGAAGCGCUCGCUCUGAGCCCCGCGAUGCUCCGCGCCCCGGGGUGGUCGCUCCUCCUUCCUCCUCCUCCUCCUCCUCCUCCUCCUCCUCCUCGCCGCUCCGGCCGCUGAUUCCUGCUCCGAGCCGAGGCAAUUCCCGGGAAAACAGAGCCAGAAAUAACGCGGGGAUGGAGCGGGAGCUGCCCCGCGCCAAAUCGCGGCUGCCCUCGCUGCUCCUGGCGCUGCUGGGGCUCGGCCCAGAGCUGCUGUUCGGGCAGGCCCGCGCCGCGCCGCGCCAGGUGAACGGCGUGCUGGGCGGCUCGGUGCUGCUGUCGCCGGCGCUGCCGCCCAACCAGACGGUGAAGGAGAUCGAGUGGAGCUUCUCGGCGGGCACCGGCGCCACCAUCCAGGUGGCCGAGGUGGGCCCGGGCGGCUUCGAGCGGCCGGACCCGCGCGACCGCUUCGGCCGGCGCCUGGAGCUGGUGAACGGCACGGCGCUGCGCCUCCGCGAGCUGCAGCGCGGCGACAGCGGCGUCUUCGGCGCCCGCAUCAAGCUGCAACCCGCCCUGGUGGACGACCAGGCCUUCAACCUGUCCGUCUACGAGGCCGUGCCCAGCCCGCGGACGCGCAGCCAGCUGCUGGCCAGCACCCUGGACUGGUGCAACCUGACGCUGCAGUGCCAGGGCAGCGGCCGCGGCGCCGUCAACGUCACCUGGCGGCGCGACAGCCUCGCCUGGGCCGAGCCGGGCCCCGGGCGGCACCAGCUGUCCCCGGACGGCACCACCCUGCGCGUGGCACUGCCACCCGCCGCCACCAACGUCACCUACGCCUGCACCGUCAGCAACCCCGCCGACCACAAGGUCGCCCUGUUCCACCUGCAGAGCCUGUGCCAGGGCGGAGGGGGACACUCGGCCUUCUCCACCUCGGGCUACGUGGUGCUCUCGCUGAUCCUGGUGGCCGUGGGCCUGGGCGGCGCCUUCUGGUGCUGGAGGGUGAACAGCGAGAAGGCGGCCGAGGCAGCCGCCACGCCCACGGCGCCGCCCGAGGAGAGCCCCGGGGAGCCCCAGUACAGCGACAUCGUCUGCAGGAGCCCCCCCGAGGGCAACGACCAGGGUCCCAGCCCCCCCGAGGCCCCGCAGGAACCCAGCGAACCCCAAAAAUCGGAGCCCGCGGCCCCAAAAGCCUCCCCGGGGGGCGGCGAGCAGAAAGCCCCGGAGGAGGCCGAGGAGGUGACAUAGGGCCGCAGGGCCCCGCAGCGCCGGGACCCCCUGGAAGGGCUGUGAAGCGUCGUGUGCCAAACCCCGACCCCAAAACCCGCGCCCCAAAACCCGGCCCGGGCACCGCGGGAGCCCCCGACCCCACAAAGGGACGGAUUUCCCCCUCCCGACCCCAAAACCCUCGGGUUUCUCCCCAGUUCCUGCCUGGGACUGCUCUGGGGAGGGGAAUCCCGAUCGGGGGUGGGAUUUGGGGUUUUUUUGGGGGUGCUCCCCGGGGGUUUUGGGGUGGGAGGAUCCCCCCGACCCCACAAAGGGACGGAUUUCCCCCUCCCGACCCCAAAACCCUCGGGUUUGUCCCCAAUUCCUGCCUGGGACUGCUCUGGGGAGGGGGAUCCCGAUCGGGGGUGGGAUUUGGGGUUUUUUUUUGGGGUCCCUGGGUGCUCCCCGCAUGUUUUGGAGUGGGAGGAUCCCCCUGACCCCACAAAGGGACGGAUUUCCCCCUCCCGACCCCAAAACCCUCGGUUUUGUCCCCAAUUCCUGACUGGGACUAUUUUGGGGAGGGGGAUCCCGAUCACAGGCGGUGGAGCCAGAAUUUGGGGGGUCCCUGGGUGCUCCCCGGGGGUUUUGGGGUGGGAGGAUCCCCCCGACCCCACAAAGGGACGGAUUUCCCCUUCCCGACCCCAAAACCCUCGGGUUUGUCCCCAAUUCCUGCCUGGGACGGUUUUGGGGAGGGGGCUUCGGGCUGGGUGCGUCCCUGGGGGGGAUUUUGGGGUCCCCUGAGGGUUUUUGGGGUCCCGGGGAGUGUUUUGGGGUCCCCUGACGGUUUUUAGGGUCCCGGGGGUGUUUUGGGGUCCCCUGAGGGGUUUUUGGGGUCCCCUGACAGUUUUUAGGGUCCCGGGGGUUUUUUGGGGUCCCCUGAGGGUUUUUGGGGUCCCGGGGGGGUCCCUGACUGUUUUGGGAUUGAGGGAAAAUCGGGAAUUUUCCGACCCCCCCCCAAAAGCCCCGCGUGGGGGAGGCACCCGCGGGGACAGCCCGGACGGCUCCCGCCCCUCCCCUCUGUCGCCGCUGUCGCGACAGAGGGGGCGUGGCCAGCACCGCCCCCUCCCCCACCCCCACCGUGUAAAUACGAGCAAAUAAAUGUUGGUGACGUUU